AUGGAAGAUAUUUUAAAGGCUCAAGGAAAUACGGUCAUGCAAGAAAACCCAUUAUCUCCCCUGUUGGUUUCCAUCACCAAGAGGAAAAUUCCUAAGCAAAAAGUUCCGAAAGAAAAAUUGGCUUUUGGAGGUGCAUUUACUGACCACAUGCUGGUAAUUGAUUGGGUAGGUCCGGCUAUUUCUGGAAAAACCGAUUCCCUCAACCAACCGAUCCCGUCAUUUUCUGGCUGGGGGCAACCGAGAAUCCUUCCUUAUGGCCCUCUGGAGCUUUCUCCUUCGUGCAAUGUAUUCCAUUAUGGUGUUGAGGUUUUUGAGGGAAUGAAGGCGUAUAAGGGGAAAGAUAGAACAAUUCGGCUUUUUCGUCCAUUGGAGAAUAUGAAGAGGCUCCUCGGUUCUGCUAGGCGCAUAACUUUACCAGAAUUUGACAUAAUGGAGAUGCUUGAAGCUAUCAAGAAGCUGGUGCUCCUCGAUUCAAAUUGGAUUCCAGAAGGCCGUGGAUAUUCUCUUUACAUAAGGCCUACCAUCAUUAGUACUCAAGAUACUCUUGGUGUGGGAACCACAAAUAGAGCGCUAGCGUUUGCCAUAUGCUCACCAGUUGGGCCAUAUUACUCUACUGGCUUCAAAGCAGUUUCCCUGAAAGCAGAGACCGAUUUUGUCAGGGCCAACUAUGCGCCCGGUAUUUUUCCUCAGCUAUUGGCAAACACUGAAGGCUUCCAACAAGUGCUUUGGAUGAUGGGAAAGGAUGAAAUGCAGGUCAUGGAAGUUGGUACAAUGAAUUUGUUCUGCUUUUGGGUAAAUGGGGAGAAAGGAACCUUAGAGCUAGUCACCCCCAUUUUAGAUGGCACUAUCCUACCUGGAAUCACUCGAAGCUCAAUCAUUGAGCUUGUCAAAUCGAUGCCCAAGAUACUUGGUCAAGGAGACUCGAUUUAUGUUGUCGAACGCCCCCUAUACAUGCGCGAAAUAUCAAUGGCAGUUAAAGACGGACGAAUGAGGGAGAUGUUUGGUUCUGGGACCGCUGCAAUUAUCUCGCCCAUAAAGAGCAUCUCUUGGCUAAAUCCGGCGACCGAGUCCCAUGAGCUUCUUACUCUUCCGCUUGAUCCAAUGGACCCAAGCCAGGAAUCUGGGCCACUUGCAAGGGCGCUGUUGAAGACCAUCUAUGAUAUCCAAUAUGGCGACCUCCAAUUCAAGGACUGGUCUGUUGUGAUUGGAAAUUACUAA